AUGGCUUUACUCAAACUUCUGGCUGUCGCUCUCUUUGCGGGCUCAUCACUCGCUUUUCCUCGCUCUCAAACAUCCAACACUCCAACAGCAACUAUUGAUAACGGCGUGGUAAUCGGUACUGUAACUUCCAUCCCGGACUCCAAAACUAUCGUCAACCAGUUCCUUGGUAUCCCCUUUGGCGAAAAGCCUGUUCGUUUCAGUCCUCCCAAGCCAGCUAAGGCGUGGGACACUGCCUAUGAUGCGUCCAAGUACAAGCCAUCAUGCCUCAUGAAAUUCAACUACCCAGAGGUGAAACGCAACCGAACUAUCAAGGCCUUUGCUACACCUGGUCCACCAGCAGGGACCGAUGAAGAUUGUUUGAAUCUCAACAUUUAUACACCCGCUGGCGCAAAGGUUGGUUCGAAGCCCGUUGCAUUUUGGAUUCACGGUGGCAGUUUCAGUCAUGGCUCUGGAUCGUUACCUUACUAUGAUGGAUCCAAGAUGGCGGGAUAUGAGGAUAUUGUAGUAGUCACCAUCAACUACCGAACCAACAUCUUUGGUUUCCCUGCAACCUAUGAUUUGCCUAAAGGAGAAUGGAAUGUUGGAUUACUUGAUCAAAGACUAGCCCUGCAAUGGGUCCAAGAUAACAUCGAAGUCUUCGGAGGAGAUCCCAAAAAAGUCACCAUCUUUGGAGAGAGUGCUGGUGCAGGAAGUGUUGAAGAUCUUAUCACAGCUCCUCCUGACCCUCUCCCUUUUCGUGCCGCUAUACUCCAGUCUGGCACUGCCAACACUAACGUGACGCCUAACGGUUCUUGGGAUAUUGCUACCAAAUCAGCAAACUGUGAUAACGACGAUUUUGAAAAGGUGCUUGAGUGUAUGCGUGAAGUUUCUGCUACGAAACUCAAGGAUAUCAUUGAGAGAGCCGAGCUUGAUUUUCAACCCAUUAGUGACAAUGGGACAACUCUUGCCAACUUCCCCCGUGAGAUCCGACUCAAGUCCGGAGACGACAACAGAAUUAUGGCCCGUGUUCCUGUCAUGCUGGGUUCGACUGCUGAUGAGGCACGACUGGAAGAUUUCAUGAACAUCACGAUCGAAGAGGCUCUUCGAGCUUGGAUGCCAGAUAUCACUUCCUCUCAAGUUUCAGUUCUCAAAGUUUUCUAUCCCGUCGGAUCUCCCGGCAUCCACAACGACUUCGACCAAGUCGUCAGAGUCGCAACCGAACUCGGCAUGCAGUGCCCGAUCCGCUAUGUUGCAGAGGAUUUUGCUGAAACGGGGAUCAAGACAUGGAGAUUCCUGUACAAUGCCAGCUUUGCAAACACGGAGAUAUUCAAUGGUAGUGGUGCUUACCACUCUUCUGAAAUUCAAACCCUCUUCGGUACGUAUACUGAGAAGGGGUCGACGGAUUUUCAAGAUGAGUUGAGUAGGGAGAUGCAGAAGGCCUGGGGGAAGUUCGUUAGAGAUCCUGAGAAUGGGCCGGGAUGGGGACAAAUUCCUAAGAUUGGUGUCUUUGGAGGCGGCGUGAGUCCUGAUUCUCACGAUGAGCCAGAGAAGGCUUUGCAAGUUUUGAACACGCAUCUGCUUGAACCAAGAUGUAUUGCAUUCAAGGCAAUGUGGACAAAGGGCAAGAUGGAAGAGUAA